AGGUGUUGCUCUGCGUCGUCCCCUCGUAUUCCUUCCAUUGAGCCUCGUCACUCGGUCAGAGGAUGCUCUGCACUCACGCCUGCAUCGCCUCCACCUCUACUCAACAGUAGAGCCCAUCCUAUCGUCGCCAUGACGCCUCCCCUCUCCCCUUCAACUCCCAAGCGCAGACGCCUCGCCAAUGGACAGAGCGCACCUUCUACUCCCGCAAGCCCUGCAAUGAGGGCAAUCAGCGGACUACGCUCCUGGCUGAGCCCUUGGAAGGGCAACGUAAAGCGUAGCGCAGCCUUUGGAGCAGCCGAUGAGGAGCACGAGGAAGACAAAGAGGGUCACCAAGGACAACGGGAUGAAGCAUCGCCCCCGCCAGCCUCUUCUCGCCGCAAUGGCAACGAACAGGAUGAUGACGACGAGCGGGACGACAGUGGGCCACUCUACCCCGCUCUCCCAUCUUCAAGCACCAUGCCCUCUCUAAGUCUUCACGCCAAGACGGCCUUCUCGCGGGCGACUGCUCAUGAGAAGCCCUCGACCACCUUUGCCCCCUCAGCGGCGACCCCCGAAGCCCCACCCUCUGCAUCAUACCCAUUCACAUUCGAGGCGCCAUCACAAGCAGACACAGUAGCCAGCAACCCUUUCUCUGGCCAGAAAAGUCCUCUGGCAACGCAAUUUACCCCUCACCAACGCUCCUAUGCUUCGCCGCAAUCACGAGCCCCAGCCCAGUCUCCCCUCUCACGCAAUUACGACCUCCUCGCCAGGUUCUUUGCUCAAAAGGCGGUCGAAGAGGCCGAAGAGGAUGGAGGAUUCACUUCUGCGCUCAAAGUAGAUCAGCAUCGAUUGACAGACGAGGAAGUCAGAGGAUGCCUUCGGUUGAUCGAAGAGAGUGGUAGGAGUGAAGGUCAGGUGCGGCAAGUCCUCCAAGCAGGCCCCGUACAGCAGCCACUAGAAGCCGCUAGCGAGUCUGGCUUCGAGAUCCCAAGGCGGCGAGCCAACGUCAGACAGAGCUGGCUUAGUCCUGCUCCAGCCUACCAUAGUCAGAGUCCUACGCCAGCCAUGUUUGGAGGGAACUACAGCGAGAGAAUGUCAAUGUCCCCUGAGCAGCCUCUGCACCGUCAAACGACUCAGGAGUCUAGCUCUUCGUUCCUUGCGCCUCUUGGCGGUGGCAAUGGUAGCUCCUCACGCUCAAUGCUUACCUCAUCUGCUACCGAGCCAGCACUGUUUGCUAGGUCCCUCGUGGGCCAGCGCUCAAACGCUUCGUCCCUUGCAGGCUCAGUCUCCGGGGCAAAUGGUUCUGCCAGGCUGCAAAAUGCGGCAUUGACCAGGCGCAGAAGGCCGCUGUACCUGGGACCAGGAAUGUCGUCCAGUCGCCAUACUCUGCGACAGGACGCAAGGCGUAGCGAGGCUCAGUCCGGUCUGACCCGGGCUCAGUCGACUACUACCAUUGGGCUCGGCAAGCGGCAGAGAGUGGAAAUGGAUACAAAUACCGAUGAGGUCAUGCAAGAAUCUGAGGUCAGCUUGCCUCCCUCUACAAGCUUGCGGGAUUUGCCAGAAGCGACAAGGCAAAUUGCUGGAUCUACCCGACUGCCUACGUCAAGCUCAUCGUCUGCCCUCUUCAGCAGUCAGCCAAGUUCCAGCAUGGCUCGGGUGAACCUGCAUCCAUCCCGGACGCCCGCUUCGCCCCCAAAGCAGCCUGCAACAGCGCAAGUGACUCCUGACAUCUCUUCAUCUCCUCCGGCCGCCAAGAGCAGGACAGCCAGCGCGGUCCUUUCUAUCCUUGCCCAGCCCGAUUUGCCAAAGCCGGCAAAGUCCUCUCUGGCUAUCGCGCGGGAGAGCCGAGCCGCCAGUGCCGCUGCUGCGCCACUACGAAGAAGCAAGCGAGGUCAAAGUGUAGACCCCGAGGAGGUCUCUGUCAAUGGCGGAGGAGCUUUCCGACCAGAUGCCAUCCUGAACCCAUACCAGACUGCCUCUAAUCUCCAAAUUGCUUCUGCUCGCGCUGCGCCGGCCUCAGGUAGCAAGAGUCGGACGGCAGAGGCAGUGGAAAAGAUGAAGGACGAGAGGAGGCGCAGCUCACGAUUGAGGAAAGGUACCGUCUCUGAGGAGAGGGAGUCGGAAGGCGGUACGUUGUUGGAGAAGAUUGAGAGAAGCAAACCAGCUUCACUCGCGGGUGGGUCAAGGAGAAGAGGAGGCAGCGUUGGUGCCACUACCUCCGGUGCGCCCUCGAGCAAUGGGACGGGAAGCUCGCUGGCUGUGAUGCAAGAGGAGACACCGGAGACACCGCCUCGGGCAUCCAGCUCUGCUACUCCAUCGACUACUCCACUGGGACCUCCGCCUGCAGGGAAGUCAACCGCUGAGGACAAGACGGCUGAAGCACGAAGACGAUUGGAGGCCAUGAAGAAUUCUUCAUCAACUCCUCAGCAGCCAUCGCGGUCCACUCCAGAAUCUGCAAGUCCACCAGCCACACCCUCCUCGCUCAGCUUUGCAAAGUCGCAUUCGCACGUACCUGGAAAGCCCUCGAGGCUCAGUAUCGCCUUCAAUGCCAACGAAAGCCCUUCUUCGGGCAGUACCGCCGAUGAGGACGAGGUUGAGCCUUUCAAGACUCAACGCAAGCCGGUAGAGGACAAGAACAAAAACAAAAAGGCAGAAUUCGUCUUUGGCGGUACCGAGGGAGGUACCAAAUUCGGAGCGGCAAAGAGUGAUGACACGCCUUCUCGUACUCCGAGCUCGGAGAGCAGUGACACGCCCAAGUCGGCUCCCUUCAGCUUUGGCGCGCCAGCCAAGAGCGUAUCACAAGAGCCCCAAGCCAAGUCUGCGGGUUUCUCGUUUGGUGCACUAGCCCCUGCGCCUGCGUCCAACCCUGCGCCCUCUUCUUCUGGCACUCCAGCGCCCUUUGUCUUCCAGCCUGUGCCCGCUCUCAAGGCUUCUACACCUGCACCUCCGCCUGCACCUGCACCUAGCACGAACGGUACCCCUGCCCUCUCCGUGCGGGAAGAAGCCCUCCGCGCUCCUAUCGGGUCACUCCCGCACUUCGAUCUGAGCAUCAGCAUCACCUCUACGCCUGCCUUUGCGCUCAAUGGCUCCAGCUCAACCUCGAAGUCAGUCGAGGAGCUCAAGGAGGCGAGAAAAGUCGAGAUUAGAGCACUGCCUACAUUUGACUUGCUGCGGGGUGGUGGCGAAAAGGUGAAUGCGCAGCCGCCUGCGAGUGGCUUCAGCUUUACUCCUGCUUCUGCCUCUGCCUCUGCACAAGCAUCUGCACCUACAUCCCAGGGCGGGUCUGCCCCGCCGUCCUCCUCCUCCUCCUUUGGAGGAUUCAGCUUCAGCGCCGCCCCCAGUGCGCCUUCGACCAAUGGCUCCAGCACGCCUACCGCCCCCGCCCCAUUUGUCGGACACACCGCCGCCCCUCCAUCAGACGGCCCAGCCCCAGCAGCAGCAGCGGCGGCGGGUGGGGACGAGCCCCCUACUCCCUCUCCCUCGGCCCUGCUUGGCUCCGGUCAGGGAGAAGAGAAUGAAAAGACCCUCUUUGAAGCUCGUGCCAAGUUUUGGAAGUUUGAAAGUGGGAAAUGGGUCGAUUUGGGUGUUGGAUUGGCUCGUAUCAAGGAGCAACAAGAAGAAGAAGAAGAGAAGGGAGAAGACGCAGCCCCAAAGCGACGUCUCCUCGUUCGCAACAUAGGGAAUGGUGCCGUCAGUGUCAAUUUCCGCCUCUUUGAGGGGUUUAGCGUUACGCAGACGGGUAACUCGUUGAGCUUUACGGGAUUCCAGGAGGGGGUGGGAUUGCCCAUGAGGUGUAAAGUGAAGACGGAAGAUGGGGCGGGAGAGUUUAAAAGGGGCUUGGAGGGGAAGUGAGGGUUGGGGGAAAGAUGGGAAUGGAGGUGGGGGAAGGGGUAGAGUAGAGAGAGGAAGUGGGAGGAAGUGGACGAG